CAUGUGGGGUGUUUCAAAAUAUUUUGGGCUGUUUUGCUACGAAUGAGUAGGGUUCGCUCCAAAUUUACUUGCUAGCAGUAUGGCGAAAAGUAAAGAUGCAUAUACAGUGAUUCCAGUCGACGUCGAGGAAAAGGAAAUGGAAGAGAAGCAGCCAGCUACGGACAAAACCGAUCAAGCUGAAGAUGAGCUGGAGGAACGCUUUGAUAAAGAGUUUUGGCUGAUGGUUCAAAACAAAGUAAAAGAUGCAAACCUUUCAUGGAACAGAGCAUUGGAUGAGGUCAGAGUGGAUCGGCUAAUCAAAAAACAUGACAAAAAUGCUCUUUUAGUCAUCAUUCACAAAUGGCCACAGAAGAAGAAAUACAAAGAUAAACCAGAACUGAUCCCAAGCUUGGAGUAUUUGAUUAGUCGCCUAACAGAGAUAAUUCUUGAGAGGGACACCAAGGAAGACUACAAAUAUUUCCGUGUUCCAGCAGAUACUGAUCGAACCCGAACAACACUACUGCACCUAGCUGCUGAACAGAACUUCUUGCACGUUACAAAGUCAUUGGUAGAAUGCUACCCAGGUCUGAUGUACAUGUGGACUCGCAAGCAAGAUGACAAUCCUAGUUGUUUGCCCGUUGAGUUGGCCUUAAAGAAGUACAAAGAUGACACAGCAGCUUAUCUGAUAUCUCAAAUGAGGCAUGAUCGAAUUCAUAGACUGUUCCUUUGUGAAGAUGAUGAGGAACAGACCACAGCAAAGUUUUUUUUUGGACAUUAUAUUAGUUACCAGAACCCAAGGACAAAUGAACCUGGCAUGAAGAAAACAGUUAUAGCUGUAUUAGACAAGCUUAUAAACCCUCAUUGUCCAUACCUACCACAUGGACAAGAGGGUGACGAAUAUGAGGAUGAAAUCGAAAGAUCUUUGAGCAGUGUUCCUGAUGACCCCAUGAACUAUGACUUUUUUUAUCACAUACUGGAAGCCGAUGAAAGCGGAAGACAGCCAAAAAUAAAAGUGGCUACUGAAGUUGGUGAUCAAGGAGCACCAAUCAGUACUGAAACUGUAUCCAACCUGAAAUUUAACCACAAGUCACCUUCAUGUCUGAGACAAAUUGCAGAGAGUGGAAAUAGGGCGGCAGUGCAACACCCUGUUGUCCGAAUGUUAGUCUGAAGGAAAUGGAACAAGUUUGCUCACUGGUGGUUUUGUGUUCAAGGCUCUUUCUACAUCGUGUUUUUAACAUUAUUAUCCUUCGCCCUUAUCUACGGCUCUACGCUUGACGAUCCAACACAGUACGGUGGCAGGGCAAAUGGCCUGCGUUUGUUCUGUGAAGUUCUUACCAUCAUUUUCCUCAUGUUUUACUUUUUCGAAGAGGUCAACCAAGCAGAACGGGAAUGGAGAACCUAUUUCAAGGAUCCGUACAAUUAUUUUGAUUGGUUGGGUCUAAUCUUGACGUUACUUGUGAUUCCUCUUCGAUUUGCCAAAGUCAGAUAUCAGUGGAGCGUGGCAGCCCUCGGUUAUUUGUUUAAUUUUCUGCGACUCUUCAAGUUUUCGUGCGUUACAAGAACUACGGGUCUGUAUACGAAGACUCUUGCCAAGAUCAUCUAUCGCGACAUCACUCGCUUUAGUGUGGUGUUUGUUAUCGUCUGUCUUGGAUUCUGUGGCGCCAUGUUCAUGGCGCUCAAAGCUACUGGCUCUCAGGAGCUGUUCAGUAAUUACGCCUGGUUGAUGUUGGCUGCCGUACGAGCUCUUGCUGAACAGCAACCAGUUGAAGAAGAUUAUUCCAAGUUCAGCUGGUUGUCGAUCUUGAUACUUGUGGCCUACAUGGCAAUGGUGAUUGUAAUACUCCUGAACAUUCUCAUUGCCCAGCUGAGCUAUACUUACAGUGAAGCAAAGAAGACCGCCAAGCUGCAAUACGCUAUCGAUACCAUGUUCAUUGUGACGCGAUUGGAGUACAGUAGACAUUUAAGAUGGAAUUUAAGGGUAAAGAAUUACUUAGACGGUGACUGGAUAAGCGAGGAAGAUUUAGCCAAAGAACUUUUGGAAUACACGGAUGAUCGACAUCCUUUUGAGACAAUGGAGGAAAGACUGACUGAUAUCAGGGAGAUUAUGAGAAAAGUUUUCAGGAAAGGGAAAGAUAAAGAAGCUUAGAUGGUCGCGGAAGAAGGACAGAUUCUUUUUUUUGCUCGUACAGAAGAACUCAGUGCUGGGAUCAAAAACUAAUCCUCUGCGGAUGCGCCCUGUUCCAAGUGCUUGUGGACAAAGUAACAUCUUUGUUUUCCAUCUGCAUCAACUAAGGAUACAAAAAACGCAAUCAUAUUUUGAACGUAUGAUAACAGUCACUUAAAAAGUACACGUACCCUACGAAAUUUUGAAAUUGACACCGAAACCGUUGGACGGUGGGCAUUUAGGAGCUUCUUUGACGGUUGACGAUAAAAAAAAAUUCGUUCUUUGUAAGAGGGUCUCAUGGGGUGAUGCUCUUACGGCUAACGGUUAAAACUUUGGCUAUUUCACGACUAGCGGUUAAUUUUUCCGUUGCGAUUUAAGGAAAAAAAGUACGGUUAAUAUUUUUACGACUAAUGGUUAAAUUUUGUAAUUUUUUUACGCCCAACAGAAAAUUUUUUUGCCGCUUUACGGCUAAUAGUUAACCCGUUCGAACUUUACAGUGGAGGCAAGGACUAAAGUGGCGUAAAUUAUAGUGUAGCUUUGAAGAAAGACAAUCAGGCCGUGUAGUGUAACGAUUUUGUAAAACCUGCUUCAUAUCCCAUGGAGUAAUGAACUGGGAAAGAAAGUUCCAUAUUCUGAUUUGAAAGUAAAGUAAGAAGUUGGUUAGUAAUUUUCUGUGACUCAAGAACAACUUGACCCUCCUUGUGGGCAAGAAUACCUCAAUGUAGUAAAUGUAAUGGUGUCGUGAGUUUCAUGCAUUAAAAGAAAUUA